GCAAACUGCCUGACUAAGGUUAACUUUUAUUUAGUUCAAUAAUACAUACAUGAUGAGGGGUGUAGGAUUUGGGUAGCGUAGUCGAGUGUAGAAUGAGAAAAGUGAUAAUAAUAAAAGGUAACUUAUCAUAGGUAAGGGUAAUGAUUAACUAACUAACUUAAUGUCAAAGCUGUUUUAUAUCAUCUAGUUUACUAGAGGAUGAAUUCCUUAUUAGGGCAACAGAAUCAAGUUCUCAUGAAUCCAUAACACUCUAUAUUCAGCUCAGGAUGUUACAGUCCAAAUCUGUCUCAGGAUAUAAUUCCAAACUCGGUUAAGGAUGUUAGUUAUCCAUAUUCGGAACAAGCGAGAAAUCAUUUUUGUCCAGUCUUCAUACUUUAACCUCUCUCCGUUCGGGGUUAGCCCACUCCGUUCACUUCGGUUUUUCGGUCAAAGCACUAAGCCUCCCUCCUCUAUGCCCAUCUAGUCUGGUUUUGUCCUAGCUCCACUGGUAUAGUUUAGGCAGCCCUUUGAUCGUUAGUGAUGAGUUUCAUUUCUUGUUCAGAUAUUUCAUUACAUCACCCCGCCGCUAAUUUAGAAUUGGUCCUCCAAUUCAUCAGUUUACUGUGUACAGUCAAAAGGGUGAAUAAUUUGAUGUGUCCUCUGUGUGACUUUGAAAAAGGGGAACCUGUUACUUGCUAUGGAUUUAGGACAUAAUGUAAUUAAUUGGCUGUCAUUUGUUGUAAAUUAUAUUUUGUUGAUCUUUAAAUUUAUUGCUUUUCAGGUGUGCUUGUUCAGGUUCAUCCGGUUGUUAAUCACGUAAUUUUAAAAUUUAUUGCUUUUGCUUCCUUGAAUUCAUUUAUUGGGUUUUUCCAUCUCAUUUAUCUGCUCAUUUUGAAGAAAUUUCCUGCUGUCUACCCAGUAUUUAAGUUGAAACUCGUUCUGCUUUCCUUCCAUUCUUGUUAUUCUGAGUUUAAAGUCAACUCUCUUCUUAACUCCUGAAAUGCAAUCUCUUCGCCUUUUCAAUAUUUUCGCAAGUGAGGAAGGAGCUGGAGGAAAUGAUGCUCCGGUUGGUCCGUCUCCUCUCCAGCCUCCUUCAGGCGCUCCUGUUGCAGGUCCACGACCACUUCCAGCAGCCAAUCCACGACCACUUCCAGCAGCCAAUCCACGACCACUUCCAGCACCCAAUCCACGACCACUUCCAGCACCCAAUCCACCACCACGGCCCGAAGCACCCGGUGUCAGUUCACGUUCAACGGUGGCUGGCCCAUCCAGUCGACUCCGUACUCCUCUCACUCGAGUAAGAAUACGAGACAGAUGUAAUGAGUGGUCUUGCGAGACAACUAAGUGGGGUUAUGAUUCUAACGGUAAGCUCCAUCGCGUGGUCGACUUUGGUGGCUUUCGUGUCCAGGACAAUGAGUUGGAAGAUCCCGACGAUCUUCACAGCGAGGACGAGAUCUCCACUGCGGAGUUGAUUACGUAUAAACCCCUGUUUCAGGCUGAAAAAGAGGCUAGGGCUUCCAUAGUCGAUAAUCCGGUUAGGGUGCGGUGUCUCUACUGUCACGCCACAUUCAAAAAGAUGGGUUAUCUAACUGAUCACCUCCUGGGAAGGAAACACACCCGGAAACAAUCUUGGCACAUUCCAUGUACGGCCCGGGUAAUCAAGGAAAAAAUCCCAAAUAAUGGCUUCGUCCCAAAAGGAGAGUAUCUGCCCAAGAUGUUUCCCUGGUGUGAGCCUGCUUGCGUUGAUCCUGAUUAUGAAGGAGGAAGGAAGGAUUACACUAUUCCUGCGGACCUUCAGGCUGGGAUUGAUAAGCAUCAUGUUGACAUGCGACCCACGACCCAGCUAUCUCUCUCUGUAUCUGCAUCUACUCCUGCAUCAUCUACCCGGCGUAGUUAUUUAGAUAACCCAAGAAAAUAAGUUGUUAUUACUUUCUUAUUUGAAAAUAAAAUUGAAUUUGAUUAUA